UCUGAUUACUGUUUCUCUCCCCCCCCCCAGCCUGUCCCAGUGGGAUGUUCAAGGCCAAUCAAGGGGAUGACAACUGCCUCCAUUGUCCAAUCAACAGCCGCACCACCUCAGAAGGGGCCACCAACUGCGUGUGCCGGACUGGGUACUACCGGUCCGACUCCGACCCAAUGCAGAUGCCCUGCACCACGAUCCCGUCUGCCCCCCAGAAUGUCAUCUCCAGUGUGAAUGAGACCUCCCUGAUGCUGGAAUGGGCUCCCCCCAGAGAUUCGGGGGGCAGAGAAGACCUGGUGUACAAUAUCAUCUGCAAGAGCUGCGGUUCGGGCCGGGGAGCUUGCACUCGUUGUGGAGAUAAUGUGCAGUUUGCCCCACGCCAGCUGGGCCUGACAGAACCGCGGGUUUAUAUCAGCGACCUGUUGGCGCACACCCAGUACACAUUCGAGGUCCAGGCGGUUAAUGGGGUCACCGACCAGAGCCCCUACUCACCCCAUUUUGCCUCCGUCAAUAUCACCACCAACCAAGCAGCGCCAUCAAGUGUUUCCAUCAUGCACCUUGUCAGCCGCACAGUGGACAGCAUCACCCUGUCUUGGUCCCAACCCGACCAGCCCAACGGAGUCAUUCUGGACUAUGAGCUCCUCUAUUAUGAAAAGGAGCUGACCGAGCACAACUCGUCAGUAGUGAAAAGCUCCACCAAUACGGUCCUGGUGCCAGGCCUGAAGGCGGGCACUAUAUACGUGUUCCAGGUGCGGGCACGCACGGUGGCAGGCUAUGGGCGCUAUAGCGGCAAGAUGUACUUCCAGACUAUGACUGAAGCCGAGUACCAGAGCAGCUUCCAGGAGAAACUCCCUCUCAUCAUUGGCUCUUCGGCCGCCGGACUGGUCUUCCUCAUCGCUCUGGUGGUCAUCAUCAUCGUCUGCAAUAGAAGGCGGGGCUUCGAGCGGGCCGACUCCGAGUACACGGACAAGCUGCAGCACUAUACCAGUGGCCACAGUACGUACCGACUGCCUUCCCCCGGGCUCGGUGCCCGCUCUCUCGUUGUGACUCCUGGGAUGAAAAUCUACAUUGACCCUUUUACUUAUGAGGAUCCCAAUGAGGCCGUGAGGGAGUUUGCUAAGGAGAUCGAUAUUUCCUGCGUGAAGAUCGAGCAAGUGAUUGGGGCAGGGGAGUUCGGGGAAGUUUGCAGUGGGCACUUGAAGCUGCCAGGAAAGAGGGAGAUCUUUGUGGCCAUUAAGACGCUGAAGUCGGGGUACACGGAGAAACAGAGGCGGGACUUCCUGAGUGAAGCGAGCAUCAUGGGACAGUUUGAUCACCCCAAUGUCAUUCACCUGGAAGGGGUCGUCACCAAGAGCUCCCCGGUCAUGAUCAUCACUGAGUUUAUGGAAAAUGGAUCCCUGGAUUCCUUCUUGCGGCAAAAUGAUGGGCAGUUUACAGUGAUCCAGCUGGUGGGCAUGCUGAGGGGCAUAGCGGCGGGCAUGAAGUACUUGGCUGAUAUGAACUACGUGCACCGAGACUUGGCCGCCCGCAACAUCCUGGUGAACAGCAACUUGGUGUGUAAAGUGUCCGACUUUGGGCUGUCGCGCUUCCUGGAGGAUGAUACGUCCGACCCGACCUACACUAGCGCCCUGGGGGGCAAGAUCCCGAUCCGAUGGACGGCGCCUGAAGCCAUUCAGUACCGAAAAUUUACCUCGGCCAGUGACGUGUGGAGCUACGGAAUAGUCAUGUGGGAGGUGAUGUCCUAUGGGGAGAGGCCUUACUGGGACAUGACCAAUCAGGACGUUAUUAACGCCAUCGAGCAAGACUACCGCCUGCCGCCCCCUAUGGACUGCCCCAACGCCCUGCACCAACUCAUGCUGGACUGCUGGCAGAAGGACCGCAACCACCGGCCCAAGUUCGGCCAAAUCGUCAACACGCUGGAUAAAAUGAUCCGCAACCCCAACACGUUAAAGGCGGUAGCGCCGCUCUCCUCAGGAGUAACCCUUCCCCUGCUGGACCGCACCGUGCCCGACUACACCAGCUUCAGCACCGUCGACGAAUGGUUGGACGCCAUCAAAAUGGGGCAAUAUAAGGAGAGUUUUGCCUCCGCCGGCUUCAGCGCAUUCGAUGUCGUGUCGCAGAUGAGCAUGGAGGACAUACUGCGGGUCGGAGUGACAUUGGCCGGGCACCAGAAGAAGAUCCUGAACAGUAUCCAGGUGAUGAGGGCACAGAUGAACCAGAUCCAGUCAGUGGAAGUUUGAUUGGUGCUUCCUUCCUCCUCCUCCUCCUCAGACUCCUCCCACCCUCUUUUCCCGAGCCUUCCCGCCUGGCCCCGCCCCUUCUUGGUGCCAGCCUAUGGGGCACCGACAGCUGCAGAGGGUCCCACACCCCAAAGCACCCCGCCUACACAGCACGGCCCCUCCCCCUGCGGCAGAGGAUCGGGGGGCGGCGGCAAAGGGAAAACCUCCAAUAGUAUUUCUUAUGGAUUUGUUUCAUAAAGGCAAAAAGGGCUGAAGGUGGCGGAACGGGGGGUAAAUACCCUGAACUGAGCGGCCUGGGGGGCAACACAAUACUACGGACCAUCCUUCUGCCCUUGGGCUGCAGAGCUUGCAAUUGUCUGAGGGCACAGGAGGGGGGGCAAUUCUACCAUUAAAUGGACUGAUCUUAUGGGGGGGGGGGGCGGAACCUUCUACUCAGCGGCAAUGGUACAGAGACACUUCCUCCCCCCGCCCCGGGACACUUGGUACGUUCCGCCCCCCGGUGACAUCAUACAUAUCGCGUGUCAAGGCUGACGGCCAAUGAGCUUCUCCGUUUCUGAGCGCGCCCGAGGGGCGGGAACUGCGAGCGUUUCUACAUUUCUCCUCCUACUGUCGUCCGUGUCUUGGCUCCGCCCUCCUUUGUUUACACCAAUCGGACUUUUUUUUAACUUGUUUUUAAUUCUCGGAAAAGCGGAAAAUUGCU